AUGAUUGAUGCCAAUGGGUGGUAUCGAUUGAAAAGCCUGGCCGUGGGCGGAGGUCCAGCACCCGAAAACGACAAAAACUGCACCGUGCUGGCUCAACUGGUCAAUGAUCAAUUGCAAGACUUGGAUUCUCGUGAGAUGACUACUGAUGAAGCAAUAACACACAUUCUAGCCAUUUUGGGUGGAGGAGAGGAAAUUGAUGGGAAUGGCACUGCCCCUCUUUUGAGCCAUGAUUGUGAACUAGAGAUUGCCUACACGAAUGCCAAGACGGGUGGGAGAUUACAUCGACAGUCGUUGAAGUCGUUCACCACGGGGAGAAAGGAGCCAAUAUCAUGA